GGAAGCGGCGCUUGCUUCAGGUGGAGUCUAUUAGUUGUUGGGAAAGAGUUAGGGCGAGUUUAGGGCACUGGGGCGGCUUUGAGAUAAAGUCUGGUUCCUCCCCAGCUGGCUCAGGAAAUGUUCGCGGAUACAAUGGCGGCCCCCUCUGGGCAUACCUGCCUGUGGAGCGGAGAGUGGACGGGUGACCACAAUGUGAAUGGGAAUAGCAAGAUGGCAAAGGCUUGCUGAGUGAGUGGCGCAGCGCCAGCCUGGGUAGUGGCCUCCCCAGCAAGUUGCAUGUCACUAGCUUCCUGUGGCUGUCACUCCUGGGCCCAGGCACCUCCGAAGAUCAGCACCUCCUCAUGGACUCAAGCGAGGACAGGAGCCCGUCACCCAUGAGCUCGCAAGGGCAGAGCUGCUGUCCUGUCUCGACGGCUCCACCGUGACUCCAGUGGACUUUGGACAGUGGGGAGCGGGCCCAACAGUGCCACUCGGGUGUGGUCACUCUGGCUUUGGGUGGAUCAGGACCAAACUAGACUCAUCCCCAGCCCCCAGGUGUUGUUGCUACUCCUGCCUGAGGCCCCAUCCACAGCUGCAGCUGUGGCGGAGUGGCUAGUGGUGGCCAGCAUGGCCCUGCUGCAGCUCCACGCUGCGGGGGGGGCAUGGCCCUGACCAGCAGCCACCCCUCCAUGUGGGCCACGGGGGAGGAGCCUAGGAAGCCGCCCUGGCAAGGUCCUGCAGGCUCUGCGUCUGGUGUGGAAGAGCUCACGGUGAAGCACUCCUGCCCAGGACCUGAGGAGCCGGCCACUGUUCAGAAGGCCCCAGCUUGAAGGCCUGGAGAGCCACCCAGCAGCACAACACAGGCAAGCUUGCGGAGGUUUAAUUUAACCUGAGAAGGCUGCAGAUCCUCGGGGUUGGUGUAAAAACAGCUCAUCCUGAUCUGAGAAGGCGGUCAGCUUUUCUCGUCAUUGCUGUUGGCUGCCAGCACCCAUUCUCUGUGGAUGUGAAAAUCCCAGAAGGGCUGGGCUUCCUUCUUGGGCAUUCCCCAGGCCUAUCUCCAGAGUGGGGCCCAGCAUGGGAGGAUUGUACCCUACUCACUCCCCUCAUGUGGGGCUUGGACCUACAGCUCGACAGCACCCGUGGAAUGUGGGCAGAAGCGACAGCAGCUAGCUCCGCCUCGGCCUUAGGGUGGCACGUGUUCUGCUUGUGCCCUGGGAGCUUCCACCUUCCACGCUGUGGGAAGAGGGUGUCCAGGGAGCUGCAGUCCCUCCAGCCCAGCCCCAGGACGAGGCCCAGGCAGCAGAGCCACCCCAGCUGACCUGGCAGUGUGAGAGAAAUGCAUGUGUAUAUACUGGGUUUUCAGGUGGGUGUUACAUGGCAGCAUUGACUGACACAGACAGAAAAGAGAUCCACGAGGGAGAAGUGAGAGUGCUGGAGACUCCACAAGCCACAGGCCGCAGGGGCAGGAUGGCUUCUGAGAAGGUGAAAUGAUUCUUCUGGGAAUCUAUCAGAGGAAGACAUAGAGGUUCCAGACAGUUGAAGGCCCAACAGUGAUCCCAGACAGGCCCCAUGUCAGACCAGGCUCCUCCAGGGCUGUGCUGCCCUCACCAAAGCCUGUCCUGAGGGCAGCCACACAGCAGGCAGCACUCGCCAUUUGUACAAGCGAGGCCCAAGUUCCAGCCUUCCUUCUGGCAGGUAGAGGAAGCAGGGGCACCAUGCCUGGGAGCUCCUGAAAGCAGAUGGGGCAGCAUUUGGUCAAGAGCCAGGAGGGGAUGACAGACCAGAGGGGAACCCUUGUCCCACGUGCUGAGCACACGUGGGGGGCUGGGCACUUGCUCUGUGAGCUAUAAUUGGUGUCCCUGUGCCCUGCCAGAAGCUGCACCAGGCAGUUUCUUGGUGGAGGACAGUGGCCGCCCUCUAGCCUUACUCCCUUCCCCAUGAUGGGUCGCUGUCAGAUGUGUGUCCAGGAAAGGCAAACACCGAAGGCAGAGGACCAGUCCCUACACCGAAUACUCUGGUGGCCUUGCUUGGGGGCUGGAUUUUGACAUGCUGGAGGCUGUCCUAGACUCAGAGAUUGAAAACAGGGAAGAACCAUUGCUGAAACCUUUGGAAAAGCCUGCAGUGGGGCCUCUGGCAGCCUGAGGAGUGGUGGUGUUUCCAUCUGGUAGACGCCGUCUCAAUAGGAGGAACAGAUGAGUGCACCAGUGCUGCCAGCCAGAGGCGUCUGUCGGCGUGUCUUUAUGGAAUGGGGUGUCAGUCUUGUGGAGGGCGGUUUACCUUCCUGUUUCUAGUCCCCACUGGACCUGCCUUCUGCUUCAUGGCCAGCUGGCCAGACCUAGCACUUUCCUGACUUUCGACCUUGGCCCCUGCUGACACUUGCCGUUGAGGCCUCCUGCAGACCCCAUUUGUAUUCCUUUUCUGCAGUUCUCACACCUGAAUCCUGCCUGGACUUCUGCCAAGCCCUCCAGGCCCUCCUCCCCCAGGGGGACCACAGAUCCUACGUGCAGGGCUGUCCUUGGAGGGCGAGCACAGCCCCUUCCAAGUGGGCAAGACCCAGAGGUGGCUCAAAAGAUAGCUGUGCCCUAGCCCUGGAACCUCUGAAUGCUGAUUUUUGUAGCAAAAAAGGACUUAGAGAUGUGAGUAAAGGCUGGUGAGAUAAGGACAUCAUCCCUGCUCUCUGGGAGGACCCCAAAUGCAGGCGCACAGAUCUUCAGAAGAAGAGGCAGAGACUGGGGUGACGCAGCCACAACUAAGGAAGGCCAAGGAUUGCUGGUAGCCUGCAGAAACUGGAGGGCAAGGAGCAUCCCCCCCGGAGCCUCCAGGAGGAGCAAGGUCCUACUGACUCUGACUUCAGACGUCCAGUCUCCGGAAUUGUGAGAGGAUCCAUUUCUGUUAUUUUAAGUAACCAAACUUGUGGUAGUUACACCAGCCUCAGGAAAUGAAUACAAAUGGAAAGUCAAAGAUUCCAAGAAAUGAGUGGCCGGGUGCGGUGGCUCACACUUGUAAUCCCAGCAUUUGUGGGAGGAUUGCUUGAGCUCAGGAGUUGGAGACCUUGUGUCUAUGAGAAACUUAAAAAAUAGGCUGGGUGCAGUGGCUCACGCCUGUAAUCCCUGCACUUUGGGAGGCCGAGGCAGGCGGAUCACAAGGUCACGAGUAUGAGACCAGUGUGACCAACAUGGUGAAACCCCGUCUCUACUAAAAAUACAAAAAUUAGCCAGGUGUGGUGGUGUGUGCCUGUAAUCCCAGCUACUCAGGAGGCUGAGGCAGGAGAAUCGCUUGAACCCGGGAGGCAGAGGUUGCAGUGAGCCGAGAUAGUAUUACUGCACUCCAGCCUGGGCAACAGAGCAAGACUCCGCCUCAAAAAAAAAAAAAAAAAAAUAGCUGAGCAUGGUAGCAUGCACCUAUGGUCCCAGCUAUGCCGGAGAAUUCCUUGAAGCCAGGAGUUCAAGACCAGUCUGGACAAAAUAGCAGGACCCCAUCUCUACCAAAAAAAAUUAAAAAUUAGCCAGGCAUGGUGCUGUACCCAUAGUCUUAGCUACUCAGGAGGCUGAGGAGGGAGGAUUAUCUGAGCCCUGGCGGUCGAGGCUAUAAUGAGCCAUGAUUGUGCCAGUGCACUCCAGCCUUGGCAACACAGUGUGAGACCCUGUCUCAAAAACAAUAAAAACCCAAAACAAAAGAACCAAGAAAUUACUGGACCUGAGGCCUGGCCUUUAGCUGCUGCCCUGCCCUUGUGACCUGGUCACUCGGGAUCCCCUGGGCCUAAACACACAGCCUAUUGUCCACCUCAAGAAGGCUCCCCACUGCCUGGCUGGCAAUUGGAGUGGGCUUUGCAGGCCCCACCUGUCCUGGCCCCACGGCGCUGGUGCUGCAGGCCCCUGCCACUGCUUGUUCCGAGCUCCCCAGCCUCCUGCAGAGUUGCCUGCACCUGAUGGCGAUGAAUCAGGAAGGCAGGCGUGUCCUGGGCCACAGAGCAGUCAUGGCUGUCCAGCCACCAGGGGGCUCCAUUUGCAACCUUGGAUGUGGCUUUGGCCUCUUACUCCAAAGUGACCUUGGGGCCCCUAGACAAGAGACAGGGAGACUGGAGUCCAGCCCCACCCUCCCGCACAUACCUGGCCCAUCCCUGCCCUAUCCUGGAAAAUGGGGGCCACCACACGUGCAAGGGACACAGGACAGGAACCUUUGGCCUUGUUAUCAGACAUUUUAAAACUAAGUGCAAACGUGAUUAUCAGGUGCAGUUUUUACAGCAGCAAGAAACCUGUGCUUACAGAAAGAAACACAUGCCAGCAACCCACCUAUGCGGAAAGCCACACAGAGCCAUUGUGUUCUGCACCCUCAGGUGGCGGCUCACAGUUGGCCCAGGGAAGGUCACAGCUGCCUGAACUUUUAAAACUCCCGGACACGCACUGCCUGCGCAGGAUCCAGAGCCCAGCAGCACCGCCAGGGCCUUGAAGUGCUGCUUCAGAGACCUUUCUUCAUAAACUACUUUUUUUCUUUAAGCAGCAAAAGGAGAAAAUUGUCAUCAAAGGAUAUUCCAGAUUCUUGACAGCAUUCUCAUCAUCUCUGAGGACAUCACCAUCACCUCAGGAUGAGGGACCUGAGGCUGCUGGGGGCGCUGCUGGCACUGGCGGCCCUACUGCAGGGGACCGUGUCCCUGAAGAUCGCAGCCUUCAACAUCCAGACAUUUGGGGAGACCAAGAUGUCCAAUGCCACCCUCGUCAGCUACAUUGUGCAGAUCCUGAGCCGCCAUGACAUCGCCCUGGUCCAGGAGGUCAGAGACAGCCACCUGACUGCCGUGGGGAAGCUGCUGGACAACCUCAAUCAGGAUGCACCAGACACCUAUCACUACGUGGUCAGUGAGCCACUGGGACGGAACAGCUAUAAGGAACGCUACCUGUUCGUGUACAGGCCUGACCAGGUGUCUGUGGUGGACAGCUACUACUAUGACGAUGGCUGCGAGCCCUGCGGGAACGACACCUUCAGCCGAGAGCCAGCCAUCGUCAGGUUCUUCUCCCAGUUCACAGAGGUCAGGGAGUUUGCCAUUGUUCCCCUGCACGCGGCCCCGGGGGACGCAGUAGCUGAGAUCAACGCUCUCUAUGACGUCUACCUGGAUGUCCAAGAGAAAUGGGGCUUGGAGGACGUCAUGUUGAUGGGCGACUUCAAUGCGGGCUGCAGCUAUGUGAGACCCUCCCAGUGGUCAUCCAUCCGCCUGCGGACGAGCCCCACCUUCCAGUGGCUGAUCCCUGACAGUGCUGACACCACAGCUACAUCCACACACUGCGCCUAUGACAGGAUCGUGGUUGCAGGGAUGCUGCUCCAAGGUGCCGUUGUUCCCGACUCGGCUCUGCCCUUUAACUUCCAGGCUGCCUAUGGCCUGAGUGACCAACUGGCCCAAGCCAUCAGUGACCACUAUCCAGUGGAGGUGAUGCUGAAGUGAGCAGCCCCUCCCCACACCAGUUGAACUGCAGGAAGAGAGGACCCAUCGUGCCGCAGGACCCAGAAAAAAAGCCCAACUCAGGUU